GUCACAAUAUGACACAAAGCGCAUAACCGAGUAAGCCUCAUCUUUAAUGAGUUUUUGCCCAAAAUUUAUCGCCUUUUAUUAGGGUUCCUUCUGCAGACAAGGUGCAAGUCCACUUGUUUGCAAGCAGCAACUGGUAGGGGCGAACCACCAUCCAUAAGAUGCUCCACCAAUGGCUGCUCAAGUCGAUUGAGGUCAUGGACGAAGACUCCAGAUCCACAGACUCGCCCGGGCAAAGCCAGCCCGGGACGCCACAGCAGGCGAGCAGUCAUAGCCCGGGCGGUGCCAACCUUGCGGGCAUGGUACCAGGAGAGGGCCCCCGGCACCAGCAGUCCAAGUACACACAGCUGCUGGCCGUCAUCGAGGAACUGGGCCGCGACAUCCGGCCAACGUAUGCCGGCAGCAAGUCUUCGGCCGAACGUCUCAAGCGGGGCAUCGUUCACGCUCGCAUCUUAGUGCGGGAGUGCCUCAUGGAGACCGAGCGCAAUGCCAGGUCCUGAACUGUCUGCUGGUCCUUCAACAGUCUACUGGUCCUGAACAGUUCCCUUGUCUUGAAUUGUGUACUGGUCCUGGAACAGCCUGCUUGUUUUGAAACAGCCUGCUGGUCUUGAAACAGCAUACUAGUUAUGGACAGGCUGGUUGGUGACAUUGACUGGUGCAGGAAAGUCUACCGGAAACAAACCGACUACUGGCUGGCGAUGUCUACUGGUUGUGUUGUGGACUACUGGUACCCGUGUGGGCAUCUAUUCUGGGUACAUGAAAGGUUGGUCUGCAGACCAAAGAAAGUGGAACAAGUCCUCGUGGACCACCUGUUCCACUUGUGCAAAUCUCCUGACUACUCGUGUGAUCUCGCAGCAGUACAGUUGAUUACUCCAGACUACUAAUGUGGCUGAAUCAUUACUCUGUCUUCAAUUUCGUGCAUCCAAUUUGUACUGACCUGUCGCUCAGAUUGUUGAGCCGGGUUACUGGUGACCGAUUCACUAUCAGCGUGUCCGGCACUGGCUAGUUUGCAUGAUGCCUGUGCGUUCUCUUUCAAGCACCAUAAGUAAAGUAUUAGUGUGCUGAUCCAGAUGGAUUGAUUGGACAACCACAAUCUAAUGAACACAGACGCGGUGCCACAUUGUUGCCAAACUCUUGAUCAAGUGCACACUGUAUUAUUUAGGUGGUAGUUGACCUUAGGGACAUAUCCAAUUAAACCAAAAGUCUUUUCUGUACCUGCCAAUUCAAACAAUGUGAAACACGCUGUCACUUUCUACUAAUUUCUGCACCGUCUCAUUUGUCUUCCAAGACUGACGCUGUUCUUUGUGUAACUUUCUCCAAGACCACUUAUUCACCGUUCUGUAUGCACAUUGCAUCUGUUUACUGGUGUCUGUCUCCGUACCCACCAGACUUUGCAACAUUGCAUUUGAGGUGGAUCCUGAUUUCCUAUGCGCUUGUUGCUGCCGUAUUGGUCUGUACGGAUUGUUGCGAUAUCUGUAACCCGGACAGACUGCCGAUUUAUCUGCACACUGCUCGCCUUAUCAUUGUCUCGGAAAAGGCAAUUUGUGACGUGUUGUCUGGGAAAGGUUGGGGAGAUGGAACAAGGAUUUGAACAUACUGGAAUGUUCUAAAUGGCUGCAAAGAAUAAAAUGGUGUGCAAGAGA